CGCACGGUGCUGGCUCAGCACCAGCCCCGAGCCCGCAGCAGCGCUCGCAGGAAAGCUGGUCGCCCCCCUCCCUCUCAUUCUGCUCCCUCCUGCUCGCAGCCACCUCUAACCUGGACCUUGAGAGCAAGAAAGCCGCCCACACCAAGCUGUCAUGGCAGCAGCCCGUGAACGUCUUCCUGGCUGCCGGCCGCCCGCCGGGCAUGGAGCAGCUGCACCAGGAGGCUCAGCUCAACCUCCAGAGCUUGCUGCAAGAGGAGUAUGAGGAGCAGUACGAGAGCAGGGUGACCGGGCAGACCUUCCGCGCCGCCGGCCACCCGUCCCCCGGCACCCCCCCGGAGCCUUCGCCCCGUCCCCCGCCCUCCAAGCGCCUCGAGUUUGUGCUUAUGCCCCCGAGCCGGCGAGCCAACGACGAGGAGAGCAGCGGUGCCACCGCGCUGGGCGUGAGGCCACCCGACGCCUCCCUGAGCCUCCCCACCACCCCCGACAAGCAGACAGCCUGGCCCAGGGCCUUCCCCCUGCCCACCGUGGAGGAGAAGCAGUGGCACCAGCCCUGUUCCGUGCAGACCAACGUUGUCCCCAUCAACGUCUCGGGGCAGCACUUUGCUAGGCACGCGAGUGCUCGUCACUCCCUGUUUAACACAGAGACCGCGAUGAACCCCAAGUCCACCCUGCGGCGUAGACGGACCAUUAUCGGAUUCCCUAACAUGUCCCUGCGAGACCAAGGCAGCGCCAACGGCCCCGCGCCCACCACGCGCCCACCCAUCACCGAGUCCCUGUCCUGCAGCUUCGAGCCCGCGAGCGGGGGGAAGCCCCCCCAGGAGAUAAGCCCCCGCCAGCCGCUCUCUGCCCCAUUGAGGAAGACCUUCAGCGACCUCGGGGGGACGCUGCAGGCACGCUGCUGCCCACCCUCCACCCCCAUGGACAGCGUGGCCACCCCCGGCACCUGCAAUGGGCCUCAGGGCACCCCCUUUCCCUCACCCUGGGGUGCCAGCUCCUUCGGCUACACCGCCCCCCCCAGCCCCACUGCUGGCCAGGGCGCCUCACCGGGCAGCUCCGGCAUGGGCUCACCCGCCGGCACCGACCGGGCGGCCUCCUUCUUCAUCGCCCAGGAGGAGCGCGUGGGGAGCGCCGGGCCCGGAUCCUUCACUGCUGCGGUGCCCGAGUCCCCCCCGGGCUCCGGGGGCCCCCGGAGGUGUGAUGGACGAGAGGCCAGGGUGAACUUCUCGCCGGCAAGCAAAGAGGAGCCGGAGCCGGCAUCGGAGCCGUCACGCCUCGGGGUGGAGCGGGCAGGGUGCCGCUUCCGCGAGCGGUCACUGUCGGUGCCCACCGACUCGGGGUCCCUCUGCUCCGUGGACAUCGCCUACGCCGAGGCCCGGCGGGGCAGCACCAACUGCGCCCUGGGCUACCCCAGCGCCGGCUCCGAGGGCAGCACCAGCACCGACAACAUCUCUCUGGGGCCGGAGCCGGAUGGCCAGCGGCGGCGGCGCUCCAAGAGCAUCUCCCUCAAGAAGGCCAAGAAGAAGCCCUCGCCGCCCACCCGCAGCGUCUCGCUGAUCAAGGACGGGCAGGACGGCCCUGCCGCCCUGGGGCUGCCCAGGGAUCAAAGACCCAAGAGCCUGUGCAUCCCGCUGGACCCCCCCAGCCACCGGCUGGUGCACGCGGACCCCCAGGGCAGGGAGCCCGACGGCCCGGCCGCCCCCCACCAGUGGUAUCUGGCAGACUGGAAGACCGGUGAUGCCUACCGGUCCCUCUCCGGCUCAAGCACGGCCACGGGGACCACGGCCGUUGAGUGCGUCAAGGCACGGGGCAGCUCUGAGUCCCUCACGUCCCCCUCCAUCUCCAGAGCCACAACACCCUCCCAGCUCUCGGCGGAGGCUGACCUCAAAACCUCCUCCCCGGGCAGGCCCACGGGGCUGAUGUCCCCGUCCAGCGGGUACUCCAGCCAGUCGGAGACCCCCACCCCGACCGUCCCCACCUCGGCCAUCCUCGGGCACUCCCCACACCAGGUGCGGGUGAGGCCACUGGUCCCUGAGAGGAAGUCUUCGCUGCCACCCACAUCCCCCAUGGAGAGGAGCCCCAAGUCCAGGCUGUCCUUCGACCUCCCUCUCACACCACCCGCCCACCUUGACCUCUCGGGGCUGAAGAUCUCCCUGAAGGGGAAGACGAAGGUCAGCCGGCACCACUCCGACUCCACCUUCGGCACCAAGCUGGCCCAGAAGACCAGCCCCAUCCAGCCCAUCAUGCCCGUGGUCACCCAGUCCGACCUGCGCUCCGUCCGCCUGCGCUCCAUCAGCCGCUCCGAGCCAGAGGACAAUGCCGACGGCCUGGAGCACGCCGAGGAUCCACCACGCGUCCCCUGCCCGGGCCCGGAGAGGAAGGUGAAGCCGCCGGUGGCAGAGAAGCCGCCACUGGCCAAGCGUCCCCCCAGCAUCCUGCCCAAGCCCCCGGCCCUGCGGGAAGAGGGCCCCCUGUACCCUACGUCCCCACCAAGCAUUGCUACCAAGGACGGCUUGGCAAUGCUGCGAAAAGGGGAGCCGAGGAGGGGCCCGGGGGAGCCCCGGCGGCUCUCACAGGGCAGCCUGGAGGAUGAGCCGCGGCCGGAGGGGGAGCGGAGGAAGGCCAAGGUGCCGCCGCCGGUGCCCAAGAAACCCAGCGUGCUCUACCUACCGCUCGCCCCAGCCCCGGUGCAGCAGGGAGGAGGUGUGGGGGACCCGGCACCCACCCCCAGCCCCAUCAUCACGCUGGACACCGAGCCCAGCUGCUGCCACCCCGACGCCGAUGACCCACUGCCCACAGAGGUCCCAGGCACAGCACAAGCUGGCGAGACCCCUUUGGAGCAAGGCAGCUUGUCUGAGGCCGGCACAGAGGAGAAGAGCUUUGCCAGCGACAAGACAGCCGACUCCAUCGCGGAGGAGGACGAUGAUGUCUUUGUGGCAUCCCGUACCACAGAGGAUCUCUUCACCGUCAUCCACAGGUCCAAGAGAAAGGUUCUGGGGCGGAAGGAGCCUGGUGACACCUUUGGCAGCCGGCCCAAUUCCCACUCACCCGUGAAGACGUCGGGCUCACCAACAAGUGAGUCCCCUGGAGCAGUGGUCAGCACCGGGAAGUCCUCCAGCAGGAAUGAAGAUUUUAAGGCCUUGCUCCAGAAGAAGAGCAGUAAAACCAGUGCUGGUACCAGGCCGUCUGCAGCUGAACUGCUUAAGACCACAAACCCGCUGGCUCGGAGGGUCAUGACAGAGUUUGCCCCUGAGCUGGAUGGUGCAAACAGCCCCAAAAGCCAGCCCUAACCUUGCACAGACCCUUCCUGGCCACAAAGGGCUCGAGAUGGCUGCGGGGGGAGCCUUGCUGCGAGCGGUAGCUUUAGGCACUCAGGUCUCUGCAGAAGGGGUGUCCUGGCUGUCUCGCUGGGGCUUCUCUCAUGCUCUCAUUUCUUCCUGGGCAAAUCCUCUUUGGUUCCUCUCCGAUGGGAGAGCCACCGUCAGAGAGGCAGUGUUGGGACCUGAGGCCCCCAUGUCCCCGGCGGAGGCGGGCUGCUCGCAGGAGGGAAGAGGCAGGCAUGCAGCACCGCAGCGGGGACUGUCCCCUGCUGAGCUGGCCCCAGGACCCGGCACCUCCUGUGGCACUGGGCUGGCAGCUCCCACUGCUCCUCGGGAACAGAGUGGGACAGCAGCCCCAGGCACCCUCCAGCACCCGCAGCAAAGCUAGCUUGAAACUGUUUGGUCACUCGGCAUGUGGUACUUUAAAUGGCUUUUUCUAAUGCACAA